GACGUUGACGUUUGACAAGAUGCCACUAACGCCUCUCAUUUCGUAAAAAAGUGUUGAAAACCACAAACACAGGUCAGUUUUUGGGGAAGUCGACAAAGCAUUUAAAAAAUUUGUGUGUAACAACGUGUUUACAAACGAGUAAAAACGACGAUAUCGGCGACUACCACCGGACUUGGGUCUAUAAUGGCAGCCAGCGAUUCAGCAGGCGAUGAUUCUUUGUAUCCUAUUGCUGUUUUAAUCGAUGAACUCAAAAAUGAAGAUGUACAGCUUCGCCUUAAUUCAAUAAAAAAACUCUCCACUAUCGCCUUGGCACUGGGAGUAGAACGCACAAGAACAGAAUUGAUUCCUUUUUUGACGGAAACCAUAUAUGACGAAGAUGAGGUAUUAUUGGCAUUGGCUGAACAACUGGGAACAUUUAUAAAUCUAGUAGGGGGUCCUGAAAAUGCUUACUGUCUACUAUCACCUUUGGAGAGUUUGGCUACAGUUGAAGAAACUGUAGUCAGAGAUAAAGCUGUAGAGUCUCUAAAAGCUGUAGCCCAGCAACACAGUCCAGCUGACCUGGAGACUCAUUUUGUACCUCUAGUUCAAAGAUUGGCAGCGGGUGAUUGGUUUACUACCAGGACAUCAGCUUGUGGUUUAUUUUCAGUCUGUUAUCCCAGAGUCUCAGGAGUAGUAAAGGGUGAAUUACGAUCUCAUUUUAGAGCGCUAUGUCAAGAUGACACUCCGAUGGUUAGAAGAGCUGCGGCGACCAAACUUGGCGAAUUAGCUCAAGUGGUAGAGUUGGAAUAUUUGAAAUCUGAUCUAAUACCAAUGUUUGUAAAUUUAGCUCAAGACGAACAGGAUUCGGUUCGACUUCUCGCUGUAGAAGCCUGUGUUAGUAUCGCGACCCUUUUGCAACAAGAGGAUAUAGAACAACUAGUAAUGCCCACUCUUAGACAGUGCACUAGUGAUAAUUCUUGGAGAGUACGCUACAUGGUAGCAGACAAAUUUACGGAAAUACAAAAGGCUGUUGGACCGGAAAUCACAAGAACUGACUUGGUUAGUGCUUUCCAAAGUUUAUUAAAAGACACUGAGGCUGAAGUACGCGCUGCUGCGGCGAAUAAGGUGAAAGAUUUUUGUCAAAACUUGGAUAAGACUCAUCAAGAAAAUAUUAUAAUGGCUAAUAUAUUACCUUGUGUCAAGGAAUUAGUAGCAGAUCCCAAUCAACAUGUCAAAUCAGCAUUAGCAUCUGUCAUAAUGGGUUUAAGUCCAAUUCUUGGUAGACACAAUACUAUUGAGCACUUAUUACCUCUAUUUUUGACACAAUUAAAAGAUGAAUGUCCUGAGGUCAGACUCAACAUUAUAUCUAAUUUGGAUUGUGUAAAUGAGGUAAUUGGUAUUCAACAACUUUCUCAAUCACUUCUACCAGCAAUUGUAGAAUUAGCAGAAGAUUCAAAAUGGCGAGUACGAUCAGCCAUCAUAGAAUAUAUGCCUUUGUUAGCAGGUCAACUGGGAAGAGAAUUUUUUGAUGAAAAACUGAAUGCAUUAUGUAUGACUUGGUUAAUGGAUCAUGUAUUCGCUAUUAGGGAAGCUGCCACAUUGAAUUUAAGGAAGUUAGUGGAUCAGUUUGGAGCUGAAUGGGCAGAGACUACAAUUAUACCUAAAGUUUUGGCCAUGUCUAGGGAUCAAAAUUAUCUAUACAGAAUGACGUGUUUGUUUUGCAUAAACGUUCUAGCAGAAGCAUGUGGGAGUGACAUAACAACCAAACUACUAUUACCUACCGUUCUCAGCAUGGCAAAUGACAAAGUAGCAAACGUCAGAUUCAAUGUUGCCAAAACUUUGCAACGAAUAGCUCCACAACUUGAUCAAUCUGUUAUACAACCGCAAGUUAAACCCGUAUUGGACAAACUGAACGUCGAUAAUGACGUGGACGUCAAAUAUUCAGCGUCCGAAGCAAUCAUGGGCAUUGCUGCUUUAGGUUGAACAAGAAAAUUUUAAGAAGAGCAUCUACCUACGAGAAUAAGAAUAACAAACAUUUAUUCAGAUAAGAAAGUGAAAAAAAUUGGAAUUAUUAUACAUAUUAAUAUAAUUAAUCUUAAAUAGACCGUAAUAUCACAAUUGUUGUGCUCGUUUAUUUCAAUAAAAAACAAGUGUAAUAUAGAGUUUAGCAGUUUAGAAAAUCAUUGUUUAUGGGCCAGUUUGUCUACUACAGAGUACGUUUUGUUAAGCUUUUUCUUGCUUGAUUCUCUUCAAUAUUAAUUUGUCUUUUUUUAUUUAAAAUAUUGACAGUAUUAUAUCGAUACCUCCGUUCAAAAGUAAAAUAAUUAAAUGAAAAUUAAAAUUUUCAAACAAACAACAAAUUUUAUUGUGGGCAUCAGGAACUUCUGAGAUGUUUAGUCAUGAGAUAAAGAGCAUAAAGACAGUAAAACUUAUCUAUUAUAUCAAAAGUAUACAGUUUCAUUUCUUUGAAACAUGUAGAAACCUACAUUUGUCGAAAAUUCAGUGAUACUAUACUAUACUAAGUUUUUGGAAUUAUACCUUAUAUAUCUUUCGCUUAUAAAAAUUUAUUUCAAUAGCAGAAAGGCUAUUGAUGUAAAAUAAAUAUGACAAUCAUUUUUUACUGUCUAACACAAUUUUUAUUAUCUAACAGAAUAUGUAGAUCUAAAAAUAGGUAUUUUUCUUUAAAACUUUCAGUUUUAUUUGCUUUAUAUACUGACUAUUUCAAAAGAAUUCAUUUGUACUAGUGAAAACUGAUUCACCAAGGAAAUAAAAAAAUCAAUUUUGUUUGCAGAGCUAUAUUCAAAUAAAUUUAUAAGUGAAUUUGAUGAUUAUUUAGAACUUUUUGUGGUAUUUUAAUGCUUUUAAAUCAUCUAAUAAUAGAAUAAGGAAGGUACUGAUCACACUGUUUACUUCCAAUACACAAAAAACUAAACUGUAUGAUCAUAGGUCGUAGGUUUAUAUUUGGCUUGAAGCAUCAGACAGUAGUAAAUAGGAUGUUUAGUCUGAAUAAGCAAUGGUUCUAGAAUUUUCAAUUUGACUAUGGAAGAUUCACUAUAGUCUAAAUAUAUAAUUUUUUUCAUCAGCUUGUAAACACAAAGUAUUUACAUUCUAUUUCAAUAAAACUAGUACAAACAAUUAUUUUUCCAUUUUAGUCAUAUACGAAUCCAUAUCAUUAUGUAGGCUAUUGUAGCUAUUGUAUCAGUAGAUACAAUAGCCUACUGAUCCAUUUCUCCAAACAAUAAAUUUCUGUUGAUCUCAUUUAUCCUUUGGGUGAGUAAAUUUCGGGAGAAACUAAAGGGUGGUUAUCAGUGUGAUAUAAUUUAGUCAAUAAGUGAUUUAAAAAUUUUAGAAUUAAGUUUUCAUUUUGCGAGGUUUGAGUUGAAUUUAAUAUACUUAAGUUGUUUCUAGAUUGAAACCUCAUAAUUUUUAUUUUACUGCAGUUUACAACAACUAAUUCAUUAUCUUACCGAAGUAAACGUCGAUCAGUACAUGGGAUUCUCUCAAAGAAGUUAGCUUGAUGACUUAGAAACAUAUUGGAUUGGUGACAAAGUAAUUUCGGUUUUGUAGUAUAAAAUAAAACACUUUUUUUAACAAAGAAUAGUUUUUAAUCAAUUAUAUAUUUUUCAUUUCGCUCAAUUACCUUUUGCCACCUUUCUUUCAGCUUCAUGAUUCGGCUCUCAUAAAAUUUUUGGUGCAUUAUAAGAAAAAAACUGAACCAGGUGCGAUUGAAGGUCAUCGUCAUUUGUGAAAGUUUGACCAUUCUGCAAACUUCGAAAUAAAUGGUAAUCAAUGGUGCCAGAUCAGGGCUGUAUGAGGCAUUACCUCCCAGCCAAAGUCCAAUAGUUUACCACGAGUUGCCAAAGAUGUGUGAGGCUUUGCAUUAUAAUGGUGGAACACUAAACUUUUCUGAUUUCACAAUUCUAGCCGUUUGUCUUCGAUUGCUUCAUCCAGUUUCAUUAAUUGUUAAUAUUAAACAUCAGAAUUGAACGUUUGGUUCUUUGGAAGCAGCUCAAAAAACACAAUACCUUUGUAAUCCCACCAAACUGACAGCAUGGUUUAUCGUGUUUGUUCCAUGAUCGUUUUCGAACUAUGUUACUUUAAACGAUCCAUCUUCAUCACCAGAGAUGAUUUUUUUCAAGAAAUGGUCGAUUUUAUUUCGUUUAAGGGGCAUAUCCCAAAUGUUGAUUCUUUGUGUUAAAUGAAUUUCUUUCAAUUCAUAAAGUACCCAAUGUCAAGCUUUUUAACUAGCCCAAGGCAAUGUGUUUUACAUUUGUUGUGUGCUAUAUUUAGUUACCAACCUUAUAAAGUUGUGGAAAAGUUAUUAAAAAGAAAUAAUCAUUUUGAACAAGACAAUUAUAUAUUCACAAACUGCAUCCUAGAUGGAAUUUAAUUAUAAAUUUCUGGAAAAGUUAUUAAAAAGAAAUAAUCAUUUUUAACAAGACAAUUAUAUAUUCACAAACUGCAUCCUAGAUGGAAUUUAAUUACAAAUUUUAAAUGAUUGCAAUAAUAAUUCUAAAAUUAUUAUACACGUUGAAUUUUUCUCAAUUUCUCAAAAUUUCUUUACUUAAAAAAACAAUUUAAAAGACAUUUAACUUUUCUUACUCAUUUUAAAGUUUAGCGAAGUUUACGCCAAAUAACUAUCUAAAAAACUCUGAAUAUCACGUGAUUUGUUGUCCUUAAGAAGGACAGAUUAGUUUGAAAAGUAUCAGAAAAUUUCAAUACUAUGGUAGAUAUAAAAACCCAAAUUUUAUAUUCAGGAUAUAGCUCUUCAAAUAAAAUUGUAUUUCAUUAUAUGACAAAAAAAUCUAAAUACUUCGCGUGUCAUUUUUUUUACUCUAAAAUAACUUGUAGUUGCUGGGCAACCUUUUACAAUUUUUUUUGGCCAAUAAAUUACUUGGUGAAAGUAUAUAAUGAUUCAGUGAAAUCUGAGAAUUUACAUCAGGAUACAAAUAACUUAGGAAACUAUUAAAACAAGAAGUUUGAGAAAAAAUAUUAAACAUAUUCUUAAAAUUUGAUCUGAAUUUAGAAGAAUUUUUAUUAUAUAUUAAUGAUGUUAGCAUAAAAUACUUAACAAAAAUUAAAUGUUUACAGACUGGCCUGUUUGUUGUAUGUCAAUCUCGAAGUUUAAUUUGUUUUAUAUACUUAGCCAUGUUAAAUAAUGAGAUCGAUAUUACAUUCUGAAAGGAGGACUCGAAAUAUUACUUGAUUUUAUGUUUUUAUACAAUAAGAUUGUUUUUGUAUUAUAACUAGUACUUUAUAAAAAAUAAAUUUAGUAUAUUAUGUGUCAUCUUUAUCUUAAGGUGUAUUUGCCAGCAACCUAUUCCUUUUUCUCUUUUAAACACACUUUUUUAUUUUGGAACUUACAAUAUUUGUGAAAAAAAUUAUUAGACAGCAAUAUCUGCUUUUGCACUAAAUUCAAUAUCGCAAUUAUACUUAUCAGCAACAUUUUAGAAAACAAAGAUUAACA